CUAUAUGUAAGAUGGAUGUUGACUCUUGUUUCUUUCUUCCUUCAUCCAAAAAAAUUAGUCUCUCCCUCUGUUUUGUCUAGCUUGUUCGUAUUCUUCUCCGGUAGAAAUGAGAAGCCGAGAGAGAAAGGUUAAGUACACGGUUCACCGGAAAACCACCCCUUUCAACGGUUUACCGAAGGUUGUGAGAAUCACAGUGACUGACCCAUUUGCAACUGAUUCCUCCAGCGACGAGGAAAACGAUAAGUCGGUAGCUCCGGCGACUAGAGUCAAACGUUACGUGGAAGAAGUUAGGUUCGAAGGAGCUGCGAAACGCGAAAAAACGGUUACAAAAGCGACAAACAAGGCGGCUGAGAACAACGGUGAUGAUGGAACGGUAAAGCCUGUCAAGUACAGAGGAGUGAGGCAACGACCGUGGGGUAAAUACGCUGCGGAGAUUCGCGAUCCCUCCACGCGUACUCGACUCUGGCUUGGAACGUUUGCAACCGCGGAGGAAGCUGCUAUUGGAUACGACAGAGCCGCGAUCCGACUCAAAGGACCUAAGGCGCUGACGAACUUUCUGACUCCUCCGGUGAUCGACCUUGAAACGGUCUCUGGUUCCGAGUCGGCGAGGGAGUCUCGGUCCAACAGCAUAUGUUCUCCUACUUCUGUUCUCCGGUUUGAUCGCAACGAAGAAACAGAGUACAGAACAGAGGAGCCUGUCAAGCUCUCAUUGGCCGAGUCAAAGGACGCCGCGAGUUCUUCCUUGUCGGAUCCUCUUUUCUUGUCUGAUCUGUUUGGUGUCGGAGAUUGUUUAUGGGAUUCAGAAAUUACCACUGACAACUUGUUUAUAGACGAAAUCCAGACCUUACCGAACAUCACCACCAACACAAUCUCUAGUGAAUAUCUGGAUAGUUUUCCAUUAAGCGUGAUCGGGGAUUUAAGCUCUUGCUCGUGGGAUGUCGAUGAGUUUUUCAAAGAUCAAUGGUUGGAUUGAGUGAGAUAUCUUUUCAGGAUUUUAUUUUUUAUAUUUUUUUCGAGUGAUGAGUUUUUGGAUGAUAACGAGUGAUGUUUGGUCGUCAAUUUUCAUUUUCCCGGUAGACCAACUUGGACGGCUCCCAUCUGCUGGAAAGUAAUGUAAACGGAUUCUAUAUCCUUAUUGAAUUUUUUUUUUUUGUAUUUGCGAGUAAAUAUAGUAUUAGACGUUAAGAUGUGGAAGCAUUUAUUGAAUUGGGAAGAUUUUGGAAAGGUUUUGUAUUGUUUUGAAUUUUCUGUGUGUUUGUCACUAUGCAAGAAAGCAGUAUAUACUAUA